GCAGAUAGAAAUAUAUAAACCCUGAACCCUAAACUUUGUUCUCUCUCCUCUCCUUCUACAGAGCUGCUCUAUAGCAAACUCCACCAUCCAUCAAUGGCGGAGGUGAAAAUCUCAGAGAUGCGUGACCUAACCCGAAUAGAACGCAUAGGUGCACACUCCCACAUCCGAGGUCUCGGUCUCGACUCAUCACUCGAACCCCGCCUCAGUUCCGAAGGCAUGGUAGGCCAAACCUCCGCUCGUAAAGCCGCCGGCGUAAUAGUCAAAAUGGUUCAAGAAGGUAAAAUCGCGGGUCGGGCUGUCCUCCUCGCGGGUCAACCCGGUACGGGCAAAACAGCUAUUGCAAUGGGCAUGGCGAAAUCAUUAGGGCAAGAAACCCCUUUCGCUAUGCUAGCAGGAAGCGAACUUUACUCCCUCGAGAUGUCGAAAACGGAAGCACUUAUGCAGGCAUUUCGUAAAGCAAUUGGCGUGCGGAUAAAAGAAGAGGCUGAAGUUAUUGAAGGAGAAGUUGUGGAGGUGCAGAUUGAUAGGCCAGCUGUGGCUGGGGCGGCGUCAAAGACGGGGAAGUUGACUUUGAAGACUACGGAUAUGGAGACAGUUUAUGACUUGGGAGGGAAAAUGAUUGAGGCUUUAGGGAAGGAGAAAGUUCAGAGUGGGGAUGUUAUUGCUAUUGAUAAGGCUUCUGGGAAGAUUACUAAAUUAGGGAGGUCGUUUUCGAGGUCCAGGGAUUAUGAUGCUAUGGGACCCCAGACUAAGUUUGUACAAUGUCCUGAAGGAGAGCUCCAGAAGAGGAAGGAGAUUGUACAUUGCGUUACCCUCCACGAAAUUGACGUCAUAAAUAGCAGAACACAGGGAUUUUUAGCACUAUUUACGGGUGAUACUGGUGAGAUUCGUGCUGAAGUGAGAGAACAAAUAGAUACCAAGGUUGCAGAGUGGAGGGAGGAAGGGAAGGCGGAGAUUGUGCCUGGUGUCCUCUUCAUUGACGAAGUCCAUAUGCUUGACAUUGAGUGUUUCUCUUUCCUAAACCGAGCUCUGGAAAAUGACAUGGCACCUAUAUUGGUUGUUGCUACCAAUAGAGGCAUUACUACAAUUCGGGGAACAAACUACAAAUCCCCACAUGGGAUUCCAAUUGACUUUCUUGAUCGCCUGCUCAUCAUCUCUACACAGCCUUACAAGGAGGAAGAAAUUCGUAAAAUUCUGGACAUCAGAUGCCAAGAGGAGGAUGUAGAAAUGUCUGAAGAUGCAAAAAUUUUGUUGACCAAGAUCGGGGUGAAUACAUCUUUGAGAUAUGCCAUCCACCUUAUUACUUCUGCAGCUCUGGCUUGCCAGAAGCGGAAAGGGAAGAUUGUGGAAGUGGACGAUGUUACUCGAGUCUAUAAUCUGUUUUAUGAUGUCAAGAGAUCCACACAGUACUUGAUGGAGUACCAGAGCCAGUACAUGUUUAAUGAAGUGCCAACAGGAGAUGCAGAGGAAGAUGAUACUACUGCCAUGGUCUCCUGAAAGCUUCUUGACUCGGGAUUCUAGAGAUUGAGAUCAUUCCUAAAUUCAGAGUUAGCUCUGAUUUUUGUACAAAACUCAUCUAGUUUGCAGGUUUAACAAUUAUGUCUUACAUAUUUCUUUCAAGAACCUAGUUUGAUUUUCUCAUUGCUCCUCUGUGCUGUUUGAUUAUGAUAGUGCUACUUUGUUAUGAAAUACUUGCCUGUAUGGACCAUCGUGAUUGGUCAGAUCUGCAGAUGGCACCCCUACUAGCUUCUUUGAGUAUCAAUUGAAAGGGUUCUGUGAA